AGCAGCAAUGGUCCUGGUGGGCAGUGAGUCCUCUCGCCUGCGAUGGAUUUGCCUUAUGGGAUUGGUCAUCUCCUGGUAUUCGCUUUACGUGAAGUUCAGGCUAGAUGCAGAUGCGGACUACAAGCCCAUCUGCGAUGUACACGACAACAUAAGCUGCUCGAUGGUCUUUAAGUCCAUCUAUGGCAAUGGCUUUGGUCUCAGCAGCAAAGGGAGUCCACCCAAUGGCGCCAUAGGAUGUGUCUUUUAUGUGGCUUACUUUGUGAGCUCUUUCUUUGAGCACAAAUGGCUUUGCUUGGCUCAACUGGCUCUGUGUGUUGUGACUUUGUUUCUAUGCAUUUAUCUGGCUUUCCUGCUGGUCUUUGUUUUUCAAGACAUUUGCUUGGUGUGUUUGGCCAUCUACCUCAUACACACCUGGCUCUUCCAGGAGGUCUGGAGGCGCUACCGACGUCUCUAUAUGUGA